AUGCAAGCACCACAAACCCCGACAAACGUUACCUAUAUCCCUAAUUCUUCGCAGUGGGUGUUGAAGAAUGCCGCCGAAGAAGCAUAUUUGAUUCAAGCAGCUUGGCCACUCACUUGGAAAUCUCAGACAUGUGAUGACAAAGACAUCCCAGUCUUUUAUGUCCUUGAUGGAAACGCAUACUUCUUUAGUGCUGUGGAAGCUGCCCGUCGUUGUUCCAUGGUUUCCACCAGCGCAAAUGCUAUUAUCGUCGGAAUUUCUUAUCCACACUCCGAAUUUGUGUUCCAUUCUCGACGGAACUUUGACCUAACUCCGCCCUCUGCAACCUAUACGCCUCCCCGGGAUGCCGAUGGAAAGGAACAUCCAGCCGACCAUGGAGGUGCCACUGCUUUUUUGGAUUUCUUGAUCAAUACGGUCCGCACGUUCAUCUUUUCCGACGCUUUUCCUCAACUACAGAUUGGCAAAGAGGUAUUGAUCGGCCAUUCGUAUGGUGGACUUUGCACGUUGCAUGCCUUGUUCACGUCGGUGACUCCCUUCCAGGUCUUUACGGCCAUCAGCCCGUCGAUAUGGUGGAAUGACAAGUUCAUUUUGACCGAGCAAGAGGAAUUUCUGAAGAAGGAUAUACCAGUGUCCAGUGGACAGAUUGCGCCAAAGGCCACCGUCCUUUUCGCGUAUGGGACAUACGAGCAAGAUCCAUGCCGACGGUCGGACUGGGGUGAAGGCGAGUAUCAAAAGCACCUUGAAUUGGCUCGAGAGAGAAGCAUGGGAAAGAAUACCGAAGUGAUGGCCGCAUCUUUGAAAGGUUCAGGUAGGUUCGAGAAUGUCGAACUGCGAGUAUACCAACAGGAGGAUCACUUGAGCGUGGCAGUCUGUGGAAUCAAUUGGGCCGUCUCCAGAAUCUUGGAUCCGGAAAGGCUUCCUACGCCGUCCAAGUCGCAUGCUACUGUCGAAUCUUAA